UUUGCAUUGGGAAUAAGGGUGCUGGGCUGGGAACCUGUGUAUAAAUAGCUCACAUCUUUAGCCUUCAUUACCUGUUUACCUUGUCUGGUUGUUUGCGGACACACAGAUACCCUUUAAUCACCAUGCCCACCCAGCUGGAAUGCGCCAUGGACUCCAUGAUCCGAAUCUUUCACCACUACUCUGGCAAAGAAGGGGAUAAAUACAAGCUCAACAAAGGCGAACUCAAGCAACUGUUGCAGAGUGAGCUGACAGAUUUCCUUGCGUGCCAAAAGGACCCCCAGUUAGUCGACAAAAUAAUGAACGACCUUGACUCCAACAAAGACAACGAGGUCGAUUUCGGCGAAUUUGUGGUGUUGGUGGCCGCUCUGACCGUCGCUUGCAAUGAAUUCUUUGAGGAGCAGCAACGGAAAAAAAGCAAAUAGAUUGAAACUAGAGGUUGCCGCGAUGAAUGCCGUAGGCUGUGAUUGUCAAUAUGGAACAGAAAAAGCAUCAGCUUGUCCCAUGUCAACUCUUAUUGCUCAAUAAAUAUAGUAAGACAA